UGUUUUCACUGAGACCUAAAACGGUAUACACCAGGGCAGGGGAGAUGGUGGUGUUGCGCUGCCCUCAGAAAAAUGAUCCUAACACAAAUAUUCUGUGGACCAAUCAGACGAGACAGGGGAUGAAUGUGACCAGCAUCAUGUCAACACAAUCAGCUGAUUUGAAUCAGAUGGACGUGCUUCUACAUGGACACAGCCUUGUGAUACUGAGAGCCUCUCCAAGUCAUCAGGGAAAUUACUCAUGCUCAGUUAGGAAUACCAGCAGAAAGUUCUGGUUCAGCCUGAUUGUGUACGAACCCCAGUCCACAGAGUAUGAAGAGAGGAAUCGGUAUUCCACAACAUGCUACACACAAGAGUCCUGCACACUGUAUUGUCCUACAGCGAACAUCCCCGCUCGUGAUACUCCGAAUAUCACUGACAGAGGAAUCACUUGGCACAAGGAGGGCGAGACGGCGUCGACACCAAACGACUUCCCGAGUGCAGUGGAAAGAGACGGUGGCAUCUACAAGUGCAUCAGAUCUUUCUUGUACGACGGUCAAAUUUACAAUAUGAGCUUCUCGGUAAUGCUGGAAAUCCAGAAAAGUGAAUAUGGGAAAUCCGAGAUCAUCUCACCACAGCAAAAUGCUGUGUUCCACAUAGACGUAGGAUCAACAUUAGUGAUAGAAUGCAAAGCUGUUGCGUACUCCGACUAUGACGUGGUGUUUUGGCUCAGUGAGAAUUCAUUUGUUGAUACGGAUGAGAGCCUACCUGUUUUCUACAAUUUUUCAAGAACCAAAUAUAUAGAUGAAGUAAACAUGACAGCCUUGUUAGUCUUCAAAGACGUGUCAGAGGAGGAUCUAUUGAAGAAAUACACGUGUAAACUGGAGUCUGACCACCAGCAGUCAAGCUUUAUCACCGUCUCUCUGGCUGAAAAACAUACACCAGUUCAUGUGGUGUUGUUCUUCCCAGUCCUCUGCACUUUGGCCGUCAUUGCUGUGGUUCUGAUCAUGGUGUUGUUACUGGCGUGCCAUGUGAAAAGGUCCAAAUAUUCCAGUUGCAGAGCAGGGGCCAAACUGUUCACAAACACGACGCUGCGGGAGGCAACCAGGAUGAUUCCGCUUCUUCUCGUCCUUCUUACGGGCAUUUGUCCCGCGACGGCCAAUGAGAUCUAUGCUAACGCUGGUGACCUGGUGAUGCUAAACUGCAGAGAGUCUAAACAUAACGGCACCGUAAUGCCUUGGAAAAUGGAGACAGACCAGAAGAUGCAACUCUACAGCAACAUGUCAGCGUCUGAGCAGCAGCAGCUCGGUUUGGUUUUUUAUCAGCACAGCCUUGUGAUUCUCAGAGCAUCUGCAAACCAUCAGGGGAAUUACUCAUGUGGCCCUCCCGGAAAUACCAGCAGCCAGAUAUGGUUCAGACUUAAAGUAUGCCCAAAGCAGUCCACAGAGUGUACCACCAGGAACACGUACUCUAUGGUAUGUCAUGCAAAGCAAGCCUGCAAACUGAAUUGUCCUGAAGGAAGCAUCCCUAAUGUAGGAAUCCCCAGGAUGAAGAGCAUGGAACACAUGUGGCACAAGGAGAAUGGUGAGCCCUCGGAUAAUUACUUCCCAAGCGUUGGAUUGGAGAAAAGCGGUGUCUACAUCUGCAAGAGGUCUUUCUUGUAUUCUGGUGAAAUAUAUCAGACUUCCUCUUCAGUGAAACUUGUUGUCCAAGCAGUUGAGCCUCCGGCAAAGUUAGGAAUUUAUUUACCCAAGAAUGGUCAGAUUUUUGAAGUAGAACUCGGCACAAAAAAAGAGAUUGUUUGCAAAGCACUCGUAAAUUCUUGCCAAAAUAGUCCGUAUUGGACGAGUGAGAGGGAAUUUGUGGACGACUUGGACGUUCACACAGAUCCAUGCAAUGGAAGUGAAAAGAUGCCGAAAUGGAUGAGUACAACUUUAAUUUUCAGAGAGGUGUCACCUGUAAACCUGUCAAAAACUUUUACAUGUGGAUUUUUAAGUGACAAACACAUCUUCACCGUCAACAUCACCCUUGUUAAAACAGCUCAACCUUUGCAUGCGAUGCUAGCUGUAUGCUCUGUCUGCGUUGUGGUAUUGAUGGCGGCGAUCGUUGUUGUUUACGUGAAGUUCAAAAUUGACGUCACCCUUUUCCUACGAGACAAAGUCGGAUUUAAAGUCUGCCAAAGCAGCACUUCAGAUGGAAGAAGCUACGAUGCGUUUCUGAUGUGUUACAAAAGCGUCACCGAUGGAGGACUGAGUGAAGAAGACAGAAAAUGCCUGGCGAGUACUUUGGAGGACGAGUUUGGUUACAGCAUCUGCCUUUAUGAUCGAGAUGUCUUACCUGGUCAAGCUAUCGCUGAGGCCGUGUUGGACUGCAUAGAGCAGAGCCGGGCUGUGGUUCUGGUUCCCAGCUUUCCAGAUCCUGAACCAGGAAGUGCAGUGCUAAGCGCCAUCCACACUUCUCUAGUGGAGCGGAAGACUCGCUUGAUUUUCAUAAACACAGAGCAGACAGAGGCGUCGAGAUCAGGCUCGUUUCCAGAGGCUUUGCAGCUUCUGAGUAAAGCCGGGAAUAGCGUCACCUGGAAGGGACGGCCGCCCUCCACCUCCUUCUGGAAGCAGCUGCGUUAUCACUUACCGGCCCCACAGCAAACACCAAAAAUGCAACUUUUAUCACAAAAAUGCUAGGAUGAUAUCCAAACCUAACUCUAGCCAUUUUAUACUGGUCAUACGACAUGCGAGAUAAGAAAUGCCAAGUAGUUUGUUUAUACAUUAACAAUAUAAUGCAGAAAUCAAUUUAAUGAAUGUGUUUAUAUUUAAAAUGUCCUGUUUAUUUAUGACUUUAGACUACAGAGUACCUCCGUGCAAUACACUCAGAAAACCAGACAUAUGAAUGCAACAAUUAUUUUUUCUGUUAUUGCUUCAGUACAAGUUGACUACUUGCAGUUGUUUUAUGUAACAUGUUAACAGCACAGAAAAAGUGAACAGAAUGUGAAUUAAUCUCAGAUGUUUUAUUAUUUUAUUUUUACAUUUUUGUUUCUGCAUUUAGAAAUGUAAUUUCUGUGUUUAUUGUCAACUGUUACUGUCUCUGCUGCACCAUUAAAUAUGAAAAGCAAACUUG